AUGCCACGUGUAAUUUCUUUGGUCUUACUGUGCUCAUUGGCCUUCUAUGUGUCAAGUGAUCAAAUUGUAGUCGGAGCAUUACAGAAGAUUUUCCCAUACGCGACGGUAGCCAAGGUUAAAGCGCUAACCACCAACGUCAACAAGGAAACAACGAAGCCCAAGGCAAAAGCAGUGGUUACCAAAUGGAUCCCAGCAAACUGGAAGGCCGCCGGAGCCACCGUAGACGCUAAAAACCAGCUCUCCAAACAGGCCUACGCACAAAAGAAGGCUCUCACCUUCAUCGAUUUCAGAUUUUCCCUGAAAAAGUAUAUCAACUAUCUGUUCGCACAAGCAGUUAGUACCAAGUACUUGACACAAGCCGAUGCGGAUAGUCUUCGCACUUUGUACUGGGCUUCUGACGCCAAAGCGGUCAAUAAUUUCACACAGACCUCUCAGAUUUUUAUGACAGAGGCUGCUACUAAGGUCAAGGAACCGUCCACCCUCAAAGCAAAAGUGCAAGAGCUGAGUGGAAAGUUUGCGGCGGCGAACCCAGCAGACUAUGCCAAUUUGCAAUGGACACUUUAA